CAACUCUUAUCCUCGAAAAGCCUACCCGCGUUUUCGACUCUGCCAUCUCGGCUGAUCUGAUCGCCGAAAGUUCUCACCAGUCGCAUAAACCAAUUUUCAGAGAUCACUAUCGAUCAACAUGGUCAAGGAAACGAAAUACUAUGAUCUGUUAGAGUGCUCUCCAGAUGCCUCCGAAGCCGAUCUGAAAAAGGCGUACCGCAAGCUCGCACUAAAGUUCCACCCUGACAAGAACCCAGACGCCGGAGAUAAAUUCAAGGAUAUCUCCCACGCAUACGAAAUCCUAUCCGACGAGCAUAAGAGGAAAGUGUACGACCGCUAUGGAGAGGAAGGUCUGUCAGGCGAGGGAGGAGGUCCGGGCAUGUCGCCUGAGGACCUCUUCUCGCACCUCUUUGGCGGCGGUGGCGGUUUCUUCGGUGGAGGUGGCGGUCGCCAGCGCCCUCAAGGUCCACUCAAAGGAAAGGACAUGGCUCACGCUCUCAAAGUAUCGCUGGAAGAUCUGUACAAGGGCAAGGUGUCAAAGCUUGCGCUGCAAAAGCAGGUCAACUGCCCGAAAUGCGAUGGGAAGGGUGGAAAGGAGGGCGCCGUCAAGAAAUGUGGUGGUUGUCAAGGACGCGGUUUCAAGGUUAUCAUGAGGCAAAUCGGGCCUAUGAUUCAACAAAUGCAGCAAACAUGUUCCGAGUGCCAGGGAGAGGGGGAAAUCAUUCGGGAAAAGGACCGCUGCAAAGGUUGUAAUGGAAAAAAGAUCGUGCCCGAGCGUAAGAUUCUCGAAGUCUUUAUCGACAAGGGUAUGGUUGAUGGACAAAAGAUCACAUUCACCGGAGAGGGCGACCAAGCACCUGGCGUCAUCCCUGGCGACGUCAUCAUCGUCAUCGAGGAAAAACAGCACCCCAGAUUCAGUCGUAAGGGCGAUGACCUUUACAUCGAGCAAACCAUCGACCUUGCCACGGCGUUGGUCGGAGGACAAUUCACUAUUCCCCACCUCGAUGACCGCGUUCUACUCGUCAACAUCCUGCCAGGAGAAGUCAUCAAACCUGGAGAUACAAAGGUCAUCACAGGCGAGGGUAUGCCUGGAUACAAGCGCCCAUUCGACAAGGGCAACCUGUACGUUACCUUCAAACUCGAGUUCCCACAACCACAUUGGGCCGACCAGUCCAAAUUCGCCAUGAUCGAAGCCGCCCUGCCACCCCGCAAACCCGUCGAACCGGUCAAGGGCAAAGAAAUUGAGGAAGUCGUGCUCUCCGCCGUCGACCCAAUGCAACAACACGCGCGCGCGAAUCACAUGAACGGCGGCGGUGAAGAUGAUAUGGACGAGGGUCACGGCCCACAAGUCCAGUGCGCUCAGCAGUAGAGUUAAAAGGCAAAGCUGAAAUGCACGGAAGGUUGCGGAAGGCAUAAGAAAGUCGGUUCGGGAAAACGGGGGCGUUUUUGAUCUCGUGUGGGAUCUGCCGUGAGCGCAACGGAGGGAAUCGGAAGCCGUCACUCUUUUCCCCAUUUUGUCGUCUCAACCC